AUCCUUUCUCUGUUCUCUAUCCAUGGCAAGAGUGCUAGAUGAUAAAUAUUACAAGUCAGCUAUCUACCGGCCGCGCCACAACUACUACAGUCGAGCCACCUAGUCCCUGAUCAACGCUGACAUCGGCCAGUAUUCACGGUUCCAUCCGUGUUUCACGCUUGCAGCCCCAUGAAACACUUUCCUAUCUUAUGUUUUCUGUUUCUCUAUAUGUAAGACUUUCCUAUCUUAUGUUUUCUGUUUCUUUAGAUGUAAGACUUCCUAUCUUAUGUUUUCUGUUUCUUAUUUUCCUUGUAAAGAGCACGAUGCCUUGAUGGCUAUAUAUAUAAGAAGAACUUCUCUGUUCUUUGGCGGCUAAGCAACCAAAACAGAGUUUCUCCUAAAUCGUUCAAAGAGGAAUGCUCUCCCCUGCUGGACUCACGGCCCUUAUUAUUCUUGUCCUUGUCCAUGAAGCAUGCAGUGCCAACGACAGUCAUCAUCUGUGUGCUCCUUCCUGCGGGAAUAUCCACAACAUAAGCUAUCCGUUUCGUUUAGACAGCGAUCCAGAAAACUGUGGCGAUCAAAUGUACAAUCUUUCAUGUGAGAAUGACCAAACAGUGUUGUACUUAUAUGGUGGAAGAUACUACGUACGAGAAAUCAAUUACAACAACUACACAAUCCGAGUUGUAGACCCAGGUGUUGUAAACGAUAAUGACUCAUUCAUUCCAAGUUAUUCUCUAGACGAAAUUAGUUUCAAUUCCUGGGAUCCAUAUCAAAGUUAUCGAACAAAUAUGGCCCCUUUAUCAGACAUUAUGAUUUUCGUGAAAUGUGAGAAGCCAGUGAAUUCUGGGUUUCAUUUGAACAUUUCGGCUUGCUUUGAGGAUGGAGUAGUGUAUUCAUCCAACUCGUCUUUAUCUCAUUCCAAGAUGUACAGAUAUGUUCUAUUCUCGAGGAGAGCAAAGUAUUUGGGGGACUUGUGCCAAGUAGAGCAAAUAUCUCUCACAUCGUGGUCAGAUCGAUAUGAUGAUAACUUCAGAAAUAUUUCCUGUACAGAGUUCCACGAUGAAUUGUUAUUUGGUUUUCAGCUUUCCUGGAACCGAGCUUAUUGUGGAAGCUGCGGAUAUGCCGAUUGCUACCUCGAUUCGGCCAACAAUACUGUUAGUUGCUCUCCAAAUGAAUCAUUAGACAAACUAUAUGAAACAUUUGCCAGAGUUCUUGGAGGCUUUUUGGACAAACUAGUACAGUGGAAGAUAAGAGAGAUAUUCAGGGUUCCUUACGUAGAAGAAAAUGUAUACGUCCCAGCAGAAUAUUUUAGAAGCCUAUUGCUAAAUAUGGUCUUCCUCGGCGGACUAUACCUUGCAACAAAAGUUGUCCUGGGAACUCCUUGUGUGAUUGCGUUUUUGUUAUAUAAAUGGCGUAGGAGGCAUUUAUCGAUGUAUGAUGUAGUUGAAGAAGUUUUGCAAAGCCACAAUAACCUCAUGCCAAUAAGGUACUCUUACUCAGAAAUUAGGAAGAUGACCAAAAAUUUCAAGGACAAAUUGGGUGAAGGAGGCUAUGGCACUGUAUUUAAAGGAACACUUCAAAGUGGUCGACUCGUAGCUGUAAAGAUAUUGGGUAAGCCCAAGGCUAAUGGACAAGACUUUAUUAAUGAAGUUGCAACCAUUGGAAGGAUUCACCAUGUUAAUAUAGUGCAACUCAUUGGAUUUUGCGCUGAAGGAUUAGAACGGGCUCUUGUGUAUGAGUACAUGCCUAAUGGCUCCUUGAAAAAAUACAUAUUUUCCCUAGAAGUAAGUACUCUCCUAAGCUAUGACAAAAUGUAUGAUAUAGCUUUAGGAGUGGCUCAUGGAAUUGAAUAUCUACAUCGAGGAUGUGACAUGCAGAUUUUGCAUUUUGAUAUCAAGCCUCAUAACAUUCUUCUUGAUGAGAAUUUUACUCCCAAGGUUUCUGACUUUGGCUUGGCAAAGCUAUAUCCAGUAGAUGACAGCGUCGUCUCUUUGACAGCUGCAAGAGGCACAUUAGGAUACAUGGCUCCUGAGUUGUUCUACAAAAAUAUUGGAGGUGUAUCAUACAAAGCUGAUGUUUAUAGUUUUGGAAUGUUAUUGAUGGAAAUGGCAUGCAAAAGAAAAAACUUUAAUGCACUUGCAGAACAUUCAAGCCAAAUAUACUUUCCUACUUGGGCCUAUGAACAACUGCACAACGGAAAAGGCAUAGAAAUGGAAGAUGCUAUAGAGGAGGAAAAGAAAAUAGUUACAAAUAUGAUUAUUGUCGCAUUAUGGUGUAUACAGAUGAAGCCUAAUGACCGCCCUUCAAUGAACAAAGUCAUAGAAAUGCUUGAAGGAGGAGUCGAAUGCUUACAAAUGCCUUCUAAGCCUUUCCUGUCAUCACUAGAGAGCCCUAUAACAGAUGCCGGAGAGACUUCGAAUCAAACUUUCUCAUCAAUCCAUUCAAAUGAAUCAAGUCAAUAACUUCAAUUUUAUUGACAUAAGUAUGCUCAUUUACAUCACCCUAAGGGGUAAUUAGUUUUUUCUUCCAUAUUUGAUAGCACAAAGAUGCUUGAUAUUUAUGUUGUAAAUAAGAGUUCCUUUGAUUUAUGUGAUAA